CACGUGACCCUUCUCCAAUAUCCCCUACGUAGAAAUCAGCUGCUGAUUGUUUCGAUUGAGGAAGAUUUAUUCAUCGGCUACAGGUGAAGAAAUCUUAUUUCUAAGGCCACUAUCGAAACCCUAGUUGAAUGUCAGGUUGGAUUGGAUUUGGCCUGGAAGAGCCCUCCGUGCAAUUCGUGGAAAGAAGCUCAAUAAUAGCUGGGACCAAAUAAUCACUGGCAAAAUCAUUUGAUAUUCAUCAUCUUAUUCAGAAAAAUGCCCAAGGUGAAGACAAACCGUGUCAAAUACCCCGAGGGUUGGGAACUGAUCGAGCCUACUCUCCAAGAGCUACAAGGAAAGAUGAGAGAAGCUGAGAAUGAUCCACAUGAUGGCAAAAGAAAAUGCGAGGCUUUGUGGCCUAUUUUCAAAAUAGCACAUCAGAAGAGUCGCUACAUUUUUGACCUUUACCACCGGAGGAAGGAAAUAUCCAAGGAAUUGUACGAGUUCUGCUUGGAUCAAGGCUAUGCUGACCGAAAUUUAAUUGCAAAAUGGAAGAAGCCUGGUUAUGAACGCCUGUGCUGUUUAAAAUGCAUUCAAUCUCGGGAUCAUAACUUCCAAACCACAUGCGUGUGUCGGGUCCCCAAGCACCUGCGGGAGGAAAAAGUUAUAGAGUGUGUGCAUUGCGGUUGUAGGGGCUGUGCGAGCGGAGAUUGAUCAAUUCUCUUCUACCCAAAUAUAUGAUGCGAACAACUAUUAUUCUUGGCACCCAUAUAUUAUCUUGGUAAAUGUGUAAUAUGUGAUAGAGGGUCGACUUUUCUUCUCCGGAACUAGGACUUAAAUAUUGUUGUUACUGUUUAUUUCCCCUGGUCAUCUGAUGACAAAUGGUCGUGAUGAUUCACGGACAUGUACCAAGGGAUAGUCCUAUAAAUUGUCAAAAACUUUACUCAAGACUUUCUAGUUUGCCCUUGCUGACCUGAUUGGAUGUAUCAGAUCUUUUCGGCGUGGAGUUUUGUAGCAAA